CACAUACUCUAAUAAAUAGAAAGAGGAAGCAAAUUGUAAUGGAAAUAAACAUCCUUUUCCUUAUACUAACAAACAGUCCAACUUUCCAUUUGGUAAACUGAAGACUAAAGAAACGCCAAAGACCAAGCGUACACAGGCAUUCACCAGGAAAUGAAAUGUGAAAUAUGGCUGAACUUCAAAGCGAGCACGUGCUAGUGGUUGCCAUAGAUUUUGGGACGACCUACUCCGGAUAUGCUUUCUCGUCUGGAGUAGAAUUUGAGAAGGAUCCAACAAAAAUAUCGUCAAACAAACCAUGGAUUGCAUCACAGGGCUUAGUCUCACACAAGACACCGACGUGCGUUCUGUUGAAUCCCGACGGCACGUUCAAAAAUUUCGGGUACCAAGCGGAGGACAAGUACAACGAGAUUGCCGCCGACGACAGCCAAGAUCAUUCACAGUUCUACUUCUUCCGGCGGUUCAAGAUGGUUCUACACACCAGGGCGCACCUUAACCGCGAGGUAACGGUCGAGGAUGAAACGGGCAAGUCUAUGAAGGCCAUCGACGUGUUUGCUCACGGAAUCAGAUUCUUAAAGAACCACGCCCUUGAGACAAUUAACAUUCAGGGUCUACAGAUAGACGAGAUGGACAUCCACUGGGUGAUCACGGUCCCAGCAAUCUGGUCGGACGGCGCCAAGCAGUUCAUGCGGGAGGCCGCUCAAAAGGCGGGCGUCGAGGAAAACAAUCUGAGUAUCGCGCUGGAACCGGAAGCAGCGUCCGUUUAUUGCAAGUACCUGCCGAUCCACCAAUUGGGCCAGGACGCUUCCGGUGGCUGCUUCCUUCCGGGCGCCAAGUACAUGGUCAUUGACCUGGGAGGUGGCACAGCGGACAUCACGGUGCACAAGGUGGAGGGAGACGGAUCUCUGUGCGAAGUCCAUGGUCCUAGCGGUGGCGCAUGGGGAGGAACUAAGGUUGACCAAGCGUUCAUGCGUUUCGUGACGGAGAUUUUUGGUGAAGACGUCAUGCGUGACUUCAAGAAGAACAACAUGGAAGACGCAAUUGACCUUCAUAGGGAGUUUGAACUGCGCAAGCGCAGUGUGAAAAUGGACAGCGGCGAAACCACCAGCAUGGCCAUCAAGAUCCCCGUGGCGCUGUAUGAGCUGUACGAAGACAAGCAUGGAAAGAGACUGAGGGACGACAUGAAGAAUAGCCCAAAAUUUAAAUCUUAUCGCGACAAAAUUACCUGCACUGCUGACAAAAUGAAAAUAAACAUUGAUCUUAUGAAAACAUUUUUCAAGCGUCCACUUGAGGAUUUAGUGGAGCAUAUCCGGGACAUUUUGGGAGAACUUCCGGUUCGCGGAACGAGAACCUUCAUCGUCGUCGGCGGAUUCGCCGAAUCGAACAUGGUUCAGGAAUAUUUACGAUCAAAAUUUCCGAACAUGAAGGUCAUCAUUCCUUUUGAUGCUGGUCUGGCAGUUCUGAAGGGUGCCGUCAUUUUCGGGCACGCACCAGUUGUGAUUACUUCACGCGUAUGUCCGCGAACGUACGGAAUGGCGGUGUCCAAGCUGUACGUCGAAGGUCAAUAUCCUGAAGACAAAGCAGAAACUGACAUAUCCCAAAGAAAAAUCGUCAGGAACGUUUUUCAUAAGUACAUGCAAGUUGGCCAACCGACAAAAGUUGGCCAAUCUAUUACGUCACUUCCAUUGAGCGUCAGAGCGGGCCAACAGCAGGCUCGCGUUCGAAUCUUCGCAUCCAAAAAUUCUUGCCCAUGUUUCGUGACGGACGAGGGAUGCUCGUACCUUGGAGAAAUUCUCGUGGACGUACCAGAAAUGGAGUUUGACGAGGGAGGGACGAUAGAAGUCCAGAUGACGUUUGGGGGUACGGAGCUACAUGUCGAGGCGCUCGAGAAAAAGUCCAAGCAAAUGUACAAAUCCAGAUUUGACUUUCUUAGUGGGAACUAAGUCAGUUUCUUUCGGAAUUGUGUUACUAGUAUAUGGAAUAAAAAGACAAUUUAUUAUAAUACGAUUAUCCAAAGAAUAUGCAGAUAAUUAUGUCUGGCGGGAAAUUGUCUCUGAUUUUAUGCAUUGGUUCAUUUUAUCAUGUUUUAUGUAUCAGCUGUACAAUCAUGUGAGUAUUCGAUGUAUCAGAUGUGCAGUUAGGUGAAUAUGCGAUGUAUUAGUCCAUAUAAACAGCCACUUCAGUC